UGUUCACGUAAUACGAUCGUGGCCGCCGUAUAAUGGAAAUACCAUGUGCAUCUACGCGAUACAGUAGUUUAAGAGCCUUAGUCUACUCUGGUCGUCCGACGUGUUGAGUUGUUGUGAAUUCGUGAUUUUUCGCAAUCGAUCCACUCCGUCGUCAUAAUCAACAGCAGCACAACGUUUUAGGCGCACGUGCGUGCUGUCGACAGCCAUUUACAUAUCUGUACGCGUUUGAAUCAGCGGAGGCCACCGGUAAAUUGAAAUAUUCGUCCUCGGCAGGAGACGUGACUGCCGGGUUCGUAGUACAUUAUCACAGUACCUACAUCAAACAAAUAGCCCUCGGCAUCGUCCAAUAACGCAAUUCACGACGGCCGGUAAUAAAUAUAUUAGAAACUGGUUUUAAAUAUACAUCAAUCAAUCGGUGUGAUCAUUAUCACUCUCUAACAUCGCAACAACUGCUAUCUUUACAACACAUAACAAUCCCAAUAAAUACAAUUUGCUACCUGUAAUAACAUUCAAAAUUCAUACUAUUUUGAGUGACGGACAAGCAUAAUCACAACCAAUUCAUCAUAAUUUUUUUUAGUAUAUCGUCAUUAGUCAAUACCACGGUUUAAAAACUUUCAAUUUAUAUAUCAUUCCUGAAACGGAGAGUUUAUAGUGUGAACAUGAAAAAUUCACUAAAUGAAGAAGAAGAAGAAGAAGAAUUAGAAAUAUUUGAAGUUCCACCUCAGUCUUUACCGGCCAAACCAAACUUGAAGGGUGAUUGGCUGAACUUCUUUCUAUUGAUAUUAUUAUACACAAUACAAGGAUUACCUUUGGGCUUAGCCAUUGCUUUACCAAUCAUUUUUCAAAGUAAAAAAAUUGUGACCUAUAAAGAACAGGCUUUUUUCAGUUUAGUUGCGUGGCCAUAUAGUGUUAAAAUUAUAUGGGCCCCAAUAGUAGACUCACUGUACGUACAAUGGAUAGGCCGACGAAAAUCUUGGCUCGUGUUCGUUCAAUUCUCAAUGGGGAUGGUUUUACUCUAUACGGCCAUGAACAUCGACGAGUGGUUGCCCGAGUCCGGAAUGCCUAAUCUAAAAGCACUGGUGAUCACGUUUUGUGUCAUUAGCUUCUUGGCCGCAACACAAGAUAUAGUAGUCGAUGGAUGGGCACUGACAAUGCUGAAAAAGAACAACGUUGGUCAUUCGUCUACGUGCAACGGGACGGGUGUAGCAUUGGGUGUUCUCAUUGGCACUAUUUGUCCCGUUUUACUUACAUCAGAAGACUUUUGUAAUAAAUACUUACGGACAACGCUCAGCACAGGAGGUUUAAUCACUAUAAAAGGUUUUUUGUUUUUUUGGAGCAUCAUAAUUAUGUUAAUAACAACAUUUAUUGGUAUAUUCAAAAGAGAAAAAGACGAUACACUAGAAGAUGGGCACGUAAAAAUUAACGUUUUUAAAAGUUAUAAGCUUCUUUGGAAAAUUCUAAAGCUGCCUAAUAUUCGUGUAUUGGCAAUUGCAUUGUUAACAAUGAAGAUUGGAUUUUCGGCAACUGAUUUUGUGUCAAAGUUAAAACUUAUUGAUGCUGGUAUAUCUAAAGAUGACAUAAUGAUAAUAACUAUAUCGAUGUAUAUAGUCAAAUUUAUUGUACCUCUCGUUGUAUCAAAAUAUACUUCAGGUACAAAACCGAUGAGUGCGUACCUGAAUUUAAUGCCAAUCAGGUUACUUUGGAGCAUUGCUUAUGUUAUAUUAAUUUACUACACACCAAUUUUGAUUCAACAUAAUGGAGUUGUAAAUGUACCGACGUAUUAUUAUUUGAUUUUAGUAUUUAUAAGUAUAAUACAUGAGAUUUUAGCAUACACCAUGUACCUUUUCACACUAGGAUUUUUCUCUCGGAUAAGUGACUCACGUUUUGGCGGUACAUACAUGACGAUGUUGUCGACGAUUGCCAGUUUUGGAUGGGUAGUAUCACAUACUUUAGCAUUGCGGAUGAUUGACGUGCUCACAUUCAGUAAAUGUUCAAAUGAUGAUGAAAAUAAUUGUUCUACGAUAGAUUUAAAAAACAUGUGUAAAAUAAAGGGAGGUGAUUGCAACAUUAUUGUAAAUGGUUACUAUAUAGAAGUUGCACUGUGUAUGAUAAUUGGAUUCGUUUGGUAUUUUUGGUACAAAAAAACCAUAAAAAAUCUUCAAACAAUGAGUCUUUCCAAUUGGCAAGUGAACUUAAAUCGACUAGAUGGAGAAAAAAAAGAAGAGCUUUAGUGUACCUACGAUUUAAAUGUGAUAAUACAUUAUAUUGUACCCAGAUGACUUAUAAGAAUAUGUUAUUUAAUUUACAUUGUGCCAGUGAAUAAAAAACACUUCAGAAUCCUGUUA